UUCAGAUGCAAAUAUCCAUUUGUUUAUAGGGCUGGGUUCCCUGUGUCUCCUUUGAACCCAAGUCUCCUUCACCGAGUGUAGUAAAGCCAAACAAACAUGGCGACGUAAGGAAGACAAUCUUUGACCCAUAACACCUCAAAAAUUGGCCGUUUUGUCGGGUUUUACGCCAUGCCUUCCACUGGAAUAACAUUGGAACAGAAAGUACAAUCCCUGCUUCAACUCGACGAACAAUGCGUAAAAUGUGUUUGCGGCAAUCUCAUCAAGGAUAAAGAUCGCAUUGGAUGCCUGGUGUCUCUUAUCAAAAAGAUGAACGGAGAUAACGCGUUAUUGGUGUAUCAGAACCCAAGUCAGGGAGGCCUGGGGAGCUCUUUGACACUACUCUAUGCCCUGGCAAUAAGAGGGCCAUUUAGUGUUUCUGGAGAUACAGACUUCAAUCGAAGCAGUGGGUUGAUGGUUAGGUUCCAGGUUUUGACAGAUGAUGGUGUUGAAUAUGUCUUUGAGAUAGAAAACUCAGAGCAGAGCAUGAGAUUUGUGACAGAUCUAAAGGCAGCCAUAAGUGAUUAUCGUCAGAAAGCACAUGUGAUAGGUGUACCUGAGUUUAAAUGGCUGGAAAGGUACAAGCAACAGAUUGCAAGAAAGAGUGUGGAUGUUCCAGACGACUGGCCUUGGAACCAUGUAUUGAAUCAAAUCCUAGAACCAACAACACCAAUGACAAGCAGUGCGGCAUCCACAACACAAGAAACAAAAGCAUCAGAUUUAUUUGCCUCAGAUGACACCUCACUGGAUAUUUUUGGCAUGCCGGGCUUCACCCCAAAUGAUUCAAUCAUCCACCCAUCACCAUCAACUAGUAGUUUAACUAAGCUUAACGUCACAGACAGUACUCCUGCAAAUGUCUCUCCAUUGCUCCAACGAAAGUUACCUAACAAAGAUGAAACAAGGGAGGAGUUUUAUAAGAUAAGCCUGAGGGAAAGAGAAGCGGAAUACAUUAAUAUUAAACAGUUCAAGUUUUUUAUUGGUACAUGGAAUGUUAAUGGUCGUAACCCAGGAAGUGAGAACCUUAAACCUUGGUUAAGAUGUGAUGAAGAACCAUCUGAUGUAGUCAUUGUUGGUUUCCAGGAGCUAGAUUUGAGUGCAGAGGCACUUAUCUUGUCUAACGUGACGUCAUCGUCUUCUCGACCAAAAGAAGAGGAUUGGCAAAAAGCAGUGGAGAAGACAUUAUGUUCGAAUCUCGAUUAUGUUAAGGUCCGUUCAAUACGCCUCGUCGGCAUGUACCUACUGGUAUACGCCAAGUCAGAACACAUGCCAUACAUCAGUAGCGUUGAAGCACAAGACGUAGGCACUGGAAUUAUGGGAAUGAUGGGCAAUAAAGGUGGUGUAUCGAUACGUAUGGAGUUGCAUAACACGUCGUUGUGCUUUGUGAACUCACAUCUUGCGGCACAUCAAGACGAAUACGAAAGACGCAACCAGGACUAUCGAGACAUCGUAAGCAAGUUGUGUUUCAAUAGGAUGGGGAAUGUGCUGUCAAUUGUUGACCAUGAUAUUGUGUUCUGGCUUGGAGAUCUUAACUACCGAAUCAGUGACAUGGAUGUUGAGCAGACCAAGAUUCUCAUCGAGGAAGGACGUCUGGAUGUACUGCUUAAGAAAGAUCAACUGCUCGUUCAAAAACAACAGGAAAACUGCUUCGUGGGGUUCAACGAAGGACUUAUUACUUUUAAACCAACGUAUAAAUAUAAUCCUGGAUCUGAUAACUGGGACUCGAGCGAGAAGGGAAGAGCUCCAGCGUGGUGUGAUCGUAUCCUCUUUCGAGGCAAUAAUAUCAAACUCAUCAAAUACCGUAGUCAUCCGACGCUGAGGAUCAGCGAUCACAAGCCAGUCAGCUCACUCUUCGGGGUGGGGAUCAAAGUCGUUAACCGAGAUAAAGAAAAACAAGUGUAUGAAGACGUUGUUCGGACGUUAGACCGACACGAAAAUGAUAAUCUACCUCAAGUGAAGCUGAGUACAACAGAGAUAAAAUUCAAGGAUAUACAAUUCCUGGAAAAAAGUAGUUUGAUACUUGAAAUAGCCAACACUGGGCAGGGCCCAGUACAGUUUUCCUUUAUACCCAAACUCGAUGAGCAAGAGUAUUGUAAGCCGUGGCUAAAUAUAAAACCUCACAUGGGAAUUAUAAUGUCAGGCGAUACAAAGGAAGUCAAGCUUACAGUGUACGUGAAUAAAGAAACAGCUGGCGCCCUGAACUCCGGGGAUGACAAGAUGGAAGACAUAUUGGUGCUACAUCUGGAGGGCGGCAAGGACGUCUUCAUCGUCGUAACAGGGAACUACAUUCCUAGUGUGUUUGGCUCGUCACUGGAAGCCCUAGUACACAUGUAUGGACCAAUCAGAGAUGUUCCGGUUGCUAAUCUAGUCGAUCUGGAACAUAUUCAAGACAACAAGCCAAAAUCGUCUCUGGCGCGUUCAAAAGAAGCUCUAGAGAUCCCCAAGGAACUGUGGCUACUCGUGGAUCAUUUGUUCAAGUAUGGUUUCACUGAGGAAUAUUUAUUAAAGCAGUCUGGGUUCGAGCAAGAGAUCCAGGAAAUCAGAACACAUCUAGAUACUGGAAAGACUGGGAAGAUACCCGGUAGUAUUCAUUCUGUAGCAGAGGCUCUUCUUAUCUUCCUGGAGGCUUUACCAAUACCUGUCAUACCUUUUAGCUUCUACCACAGGGCUUUAGAAGGUUGUAAUAACUAUUUGCUGUGCAAACAGCUUAUCUACCAGAUACCCGAAUGUCAUCGUAACGUCUUCACGUACAUAACAGCCUUCUUGAGAGAACUGCUUCUCGCAUCUACUGAAAACAAAUUAGAUGCGAAGACCUUAGCGACGUUAUUUGGGACUUUGCUUCUUCGUUCACCCAAGGAUGUAGCGUUAACGUUGAACAAGAACAAGAGGACGCUGGCACAGCACACAAACAAGAAAACAAGAUUUGUAUACCAAUUCCUUCUCAACCAAUUCGAUGGCCGGUAACAGUAUGGUAACAUGUUUAGAAAAUAAUUGAUACUCAUUGAUACAGGUAAACACUGCCCGUCCUGUGCUUAAUCUAUUGGUGGGUUUUAAUGGGCUUAUAAAAGACCAGAGAGUAUUCUAUUGCUUGGUAUCAAUCAGCUGAAUGAAUCUCAUGAAUCUCAUUACCAGCCUACAAUGACAGGCAAACACUGCCCGUCGUGUGCUAUCAACCAUAGAGUAUUCGAUUGCUUGGUAUCAAUCAGCUAAAUGAAUCUCAUGAAUCUCAUUACCAGCCUACAAUGACAGGCAAACACUGCCCGUCGUGUGCUAUCAACCAUAGAGUAUUCUAUUG